AAAUUCUAGGGUUACAGUUUGCUAUCUGUUUGCCUCAAAAGCCCUAACUCUCUGAAUCGUCGUCAUCGAACCCGCCGCAAAGUGUCUCUGCAAGCACGAGGAAGAGGAUUCAUCUAUGGCCGACGUUGAGAAUCAGCAGGAUUCCUCGUUUCCGGUGAAGCGGAAGUCGGAUCUCUGUUCCCAAGACGAGGAAAAUGCGGCGAACAAGGCUCAGAAGCUUAAUCCUGCAUCGAGCUCUGCUGAUUGUGAGUCUAAAGAGGGAGAAGAAGUUAAUGGAAGCGGCGUCGAGCAUCUGAAUUCAUCGAUCUCGCUUGAGAAAGGCGAUCUUGUAGCUGAAGAGAAGCAAGAAGGAGAAGAAGAAGAGGAAGACGAUCAUGAAGAAGAAGAAGAGGAAGAAGAGGUUGAUAGGAAAGGGAAAGGUAUAUCGAGGGAGGAUAAAGGAAAAGGGAAACUGAUCGAAGUUGAGGAGAGUGACGAUAGUGAUGAUGAUGAUGAAGACGACGAAGAUGGUGAUGAAUAUGAUGAAAGCGAUUUGUCAGACGAUCCUUUGGCGGAGGUGGAUUUGGAUAAUAUCCUUCCGUCGAGGACUAGGAGACGAUCGAUCCAGCCUGGAGUCUAUAUCUCCAAUGAGCGUGGUGGAGUUAACAAGGAUGAUGAUGAUGAUGAUGAUAGCAGCGAUGAUAGUGACGCUUAAUUAAAACCUUUAGCUAUAACGACGGUUAGUGUUUAAGAAGUCAAGAGUUUUUAGUAAAGAGAGCUUGUCUGUGUUCAAGUGAUUAUUGGUCUUUAAUCUGUUGUAUCCAACUCUUGAACCCAAGUGUGCUAUAUAUCUUAUUGCAGUUUCAACUCA